UUUCUCAUAUAAAAUGUAUCAUAGUACUUAUAAUUUCAAUACACAUUUGUACUCAUAUAGAAUUAAACGUGAUAAUUAACAAUGGUGGAAGUUGUUACUGGAACAAGAAGAUGCAGGGAAAUUGUUCGUCAAUUGGAACAUUACAAAGUCAUUUCCGUUGACGCUGAAGGUAUCAAUCUUGGAAAAGACGGACCUUUGACCUUACUACAGAUUGGUACCAUCGAUGGACAUGUGUUUUUGUUUGAUGUUUGGACCAACAAAAAUCUAUUUCUAAGAGGCAAACUGAAAGAUAUUUUAGAAUCCGAAACAAUUAUAAAGGUGAUGCAUUCAUGUCGAGGUGAUAGUGCUGCCCUCUACUUCCAGUUUGAAGUUUUGCUUGAAAAUGUUUUUGAUACACAGGUAGCUCAUUUGGUAAUAGAAGAACACAAAGGUCGAAAACUACCAAAGUGUAUAAAAUUAGCCGAUGCCUGUAAACAAUAUUCGGAAAAUGCCGAAGUCUCGGAGGAAAAAGAUGAAAUAAAGGAAAUUUUUGCAAAAGAAGACGGCUGCUUUUGGGCAAAUAGGCCGUUGACACAAGAAAUGAUAGACUAUGCAUCUGGCGAUGUCACUGCUUUGAUUCCAGAAGUGUAUGAGACACAAAAAACGUAUUUGGAAGAAAAUGAUCUACUUGAUACAUUUCAAGACAGAGUUUACGAAGAGAUCACAUGUGCGCAUGACAAAAAACAAUCGACAAAACGGUACAAACGACAACACAAAGUUGUUAAAAGUAUCAUGAAAGAAAUCCCAAAUAAGUAUCCAUCUGAUAUCAAGUUUGAAGACAUAACUGACGAAGAUGAUAUAACAGCAAUCCGAAAAACAAAAUUCAGCACCAAGAAUCUGCAUCCUAUGCUUAAAAGACUGAAUACGGAGGCCAUUAAAAAUCAGCUACAACACCUUGACUUACAGUUAGCAGACGAUGAAAAUUCAUUUACGCCAAAAUCCAGAUCGUAUGCCUUUUUACGUACUUACCAAAAUCAUUCCGAUGAAGACAUACAGACAGAGGCAAAGCGAAUUUUAGAAGAGAUAAACGAAAAUAUUUUGGACAUAAUGCUUCAAAAAUAUGAUCCGAAAACAAGUCCCGAUAUGCUUGCAUUGAACGAAAAGGAGGCUCUCAAUACACUGAGACCAAGAGGGGUUAGAGACAGAAAAAUACACCCCCUCUUGCUGAAAUUUUAUUGGCAAAUGAAAGAAGAAAAUCUCGAUUCAACAAUUCAUGUUUUUCGAGAAAAGGAGUCGGAUUACACUAUUCCAGAAAACUUUUAUAAAUGGUUAAAAUUUUGCUGCUCUGGAAAUGUACCAGAAGAAAUGAAAUCAAAAGCGAGACGGUUUAUGAAAAAUUUGGACAGAACUUUUGGAAAAGGCGUUGUCCCCGGUCGUCAAUGCACUUAAGUAUUUUACAUCGUUUAUCUGAAACUAAUCGAACUGAGCUGUCGUCGAACAAUUGUAUAAAUUCCAUAAACUUACAUAUCAAUAUAGAUGGUUAUUUUAUUUUUAUUUUUGUAUGAAGGACCAUUCAAGCAUUUGCUUACUUUGUUAUAAAUAUGCGUUUGACUGUAUGAAAGGAGUAUUUGUGUACUAGUAUUAACGUAAAAAAGUUUUAUAUUACUGAUUAUUUACAUCAUUUUUUAUUGUUAUCAUUAUUUAUAAUUUAUAUCAAUAUCAUUAUUUAUAAUUUGUACAGUAUUAUUAUUAUAAUUAUAAUUAUUAUUAUUAUUAUUAAUAUAAUCAUUACUUUUUGUUAUUUAUCAUUUGUACUUUAUUAUUAUUAUAGAUAUAAUUAUCGUUGUUAUCAUUCGUUCAUUAUUGUAUAUUGUAUAUAUUUGCGAUCAAACCCUCAGGUUACAAAAAAUGAAUUUGAAAUAAAGUUUUGAAAACAAUAGUUUGGCUGGGGUUUUUUUUUCAUUAUGAAUUAAAGUAUCAACUUAUUAUCUUAAUUGCACAUCUGACAUAACAUUCCAGUUAUACUUGAGUAUUUUAUUUGACCUUUUUAACUUUUUGUAUUCGAGCGUCACUAGUGAGUCUUUUGUAGACGAAAUGCGCGUCUGGCGUAAAUUAAAGAUUUAAUCCUGCGUGUCUAUGAUGAGUAUAUUU